CAUCUGUGGUGUGGGAGCAGUGAAUCAGGAAAAACCAGGGGCAUCUGUGCUCAAUUAAUCUUUCUUUACACCUGUGUGUGCUUUAGUAAACACUGAGAGGAGAGCCUGAGGUCUAUAAAAGCAGAAAGAUGCAGUAAAUGAGACUGCACUUAUGCCUGAAGUUGCUGACAACAGUGGAGCCAAAUUGGUGCCAGCUUUCACACUCAGUCAUACAACAACAGUCUUUCAUGAAAACACAGAGGAGGGGCCAAAGAAUGUGGUCAAUGAUGAAGCUACAGGUUCUUAGAUCUAUAAAAGACCCCGUCAGGAACUGAAUGUCCUGUGCACAGGUAGUACCUGAUUACAUACAGGUCGUGUUGAUAAGAUGAAGGCCAUGCAGGUGAUUUCCUUGACUCUGCUGGCUGUUCUCACAGCCAGCGCUCAGGACCUCAAGUUGGGCAAAUGUCCCGAGCCUGCCGUUGAGGCUAAAUUUGAUGUCACCAGGUACAUUGGUAAGUGGUAUGGGAUCAAGAAGCUCCCGACAACCUUCCAGACAGGUCAGUGCAGCACUGCCACCUACAGCCUGAAGAGUCCUGGAGUCAUCGGGGUCCUCAACAGUGAGCUGCAGGAUGAUGGAACCAUUACUUCUACCACCGGCUCUGCCAAGGUGAAGAACCCCGCUGAGCCUGCAAAGCUGGAGGUCUCCUUCCUUGAAACAUCUCCCCCUGCUCCCUACUGGGUGCUCUCCACCGAUUACGAGGGUCACUCUCUGGUCUACAGCUGCACCGAAAAGGGCCUGUUCUACAAGGAGCUGACCUGGAUCCUCAGCAGGGAGCCCACCCUGCCCGAGGAGACCAUCGAGGAGCUGGAAAGCAUCCUGACCUCCAUUGGAGUCAGUGUUGACAAGAUGGUCCCCACCAACCAGGAUGCAGAUUACUGCAGCGCCAUGCACCAGUAAACAGAGAUACUCCUGUUUCAGUUUACAGGACUGCGAGAUGCAGGACGACAUGGACGUAUGGCAUGACUCACUAUAUGCAGCACGUGUUAUACCUUGCCCUGUCGAUGUUAUGCAAAGUCAGUGCAAUAAACCUGUAGAAAGAAA